AUGGACGUGGUUGCUCAACGGCUUGCUACUACCUCUUUCCGCUCUAGGUCUGCCGAUAUCAUAUCGGUAUUCCCGUCUUUCAGUCCAACAACCAGCAGCGUUGAUGUACCGGGACAGUGUAAUGUGUUCCUCUGCCUCGAACGAGAGCGCUUUGUAGAAUGGGUCAAGGAGUUCGAGAAGCUCAUCCAGACGGCCAGUCCCAAUAUCGUGCAUGAUCAGCUCAAUCAGAUUCUGGAAACAUUCACAAUCCUGCAGGAGCGUCUCCGGCAACUUGAGAUGACUGGCCAACCCCUCGACCCUUCCGUUGAAAGCAGGAUCCCCGCACUGGUCCAGGAAGUGUGUAACUUGAUUGAUUCCCUCCAAAUUAAACUUUCAAGCGACCAACAACAGACUGUGGAGCGAAGUUGGACCGACAUAGUCAUGGCGAUCGAUGACAUGAAUAUCCUGUACGCUAUUCGCUCAGCCGCUGCGCCAGCACGCUAUCGUUCAGUUGGCAUCAAAACAGCGAUGAAGUACAUGGCUAAGGCGAUAACAAAAGCACGCCGGUCAAGAACGUCGCAAAUGAUCGUCGAACGCGGAUUGGUGGAGGUAGAUCCAGAUUAUCCUGGGGCAACUAUGCGACGAUUCAAUUCCGAUGCGCUACGAAAUGUGGGCACUUACGAUGACAGAAGGGUAUUAAUCGAAUGGACGAGAUACGAUGCUGUCUGGAAAGGCAAAAUUGGUGAAGAGAUGUAUGCACGGCUGGAAGCACAAGCUAAAUUCCUGAAUUCUGACGAGACUCCGCGCGUCAAUCUACUCAAAGAGCGAGCGCUUGAAUGCUUGGGAUAUUUCCAUGAUGAGAGGUAUUAUCGUUUCGGAUUUGUCUACGCAAUUCCGGCGACCACAAUUGGUCUUGAUGAAGACAAGACAAUAUCUUAUACACUCUACAACUACAUCAGAGAUAGCCGACCUUCCCGAUCGAACGACUCACUUCAGAAAAUGCAACGACCCUUCCUAGGAGACUUGUUUACACUUGCAAAGGGUCUGGCUGGUUCCUUGAAUACUUUGCACGGGAUCGGCUGGCUACAUAAAGGUAUUUGUUCGGAGAACAUCCUGAUCUUCACUCCCGGGAACGCCAAUGCCCAUCAGCAUGUCUCAUGCGCUGUCCUCGCAGGAUCCUAUCAAAGUAGGCCUGAGGAAUCGGAGUACAGUGUAGGUACCGCAAGAGAGUUCGAGCUUUACGAGCACCCUUUGUACCGCAAUCGAGCGCAUGGGAACACCAAGUUUGCGUUUAAGAGAACGUUUAAUUUCUUCAGCCUCGGUAUUGUGCUUCUGGAGAUAGGUCUCUGGUGCAGCGUAUCGCAGAUUCUGUCCGACCAUACCGACUGCAGGAUGGAUGACAGUGGCACCGAGAGUGACGAGAACGACGAUGGGGAUAAGCCGACAAUGCCUAAUGCGGAAGACUGCAGGCAGAUGCUCCUUGAGAGCUACGUUCCUCAGCUGGGCGAGACAAUGGGGAAGGAGUAUAUGCUUGCUGUAAGGUUCUGUCUGGAUGCGGAAGCAAUUCUCGGCUCGCCCGGAAAUUAUAUCGAGGACCGCAAACUCUCAGCUCAUGAAUUCAAGAGCCAGGUUUUGGAUCACUUAGCCAUCUGCUCUGCAUGA